AGAAGCGUAAAGUAGUUCGGAAAAAAUUAGCUUUCGGUUUUAUCUUCUUCUUCGAAUUUCAGAAACCCCUUCUUCUUCUUCUCUCUUUCGUAUAAUAACAAUGGCGUCUAUGGCUGCAACCACCAAUUUCACCAAAUCUUUGCUCUUUCCUUCCUCCCAUGGAAAUGCGAGCUUGAAAUCGCAGAGAGGUAGUAGUAGUAGUAGUACUAGGACAUGGCCAAAUCAGCACAAGUCAAGAAAUGGUUACAGGUCUCUCCGUGUGACUGGACUAUUCGGAGGUGGAAACAAAGAUAACAACAGUGAAGACGGACAAUCAAAGGCAGGGAUAUUUGGGAAUAUGCAGAAUAUGUAUGAGACUGUGAAGAAAGCUCAAAUGGUUGUUCAAGUGGAAGCUGUUCGUGUCCAAAAAGAGUUAGCUGCCGCUGAGUUUGAUGGUUAUUGUGAAGGCGAGCUUGUCAAGGUUACAUUAUCAGGUAACCAGCAACCAAUCCGUACUGAUAUAACCGAGGCAGCAAUGGAAUUAGGCUCUGAAAAACUUUCACAACUUGUUACAGAAGCAUACAAGGACGCACAUGCCAAGAGUGUGGUGGCUAUGAAAGAAAGAAUGAGCGACCUUGCGCAGAGCUUAGGUAUGCCACCAGGCCUCAGCGAAGGAAUGAAGUAAGAAGCUGUUUUUUUGUUGUCUUAUUCAACUUUACAGGUAGAAGAGGCAAAAGAGCAUUGUACUUUUUUUAUGGAUCAGACAUUAAAAUAUUUUUCGUUAUUGCAAUUUUAUACCAUGCUUUAAUCA